CCGAUAGUAGCUCUGUCGUAACUGUACCUCUGACGUCCAUCGCCAUCGAUAUCUAUUGCCCUCACGAGAUAAACACCGCACAACCCGACGUCCACCACCGAAAUCGCAACAUGUCUUUCGCCUCAAGAAUCCUUUCCUCCAGCAGCCGCGCGCUCGCUACCCGAUCCUUCAGCACCUCUGCCCGACGAAUGGCCGAUUCGCCUCUUCCUGCCAGGAAACCUCUGGGAGCUUUCCGUGGAGGUCUUUUCGGCUUCCUUCUCGGUAGCUUCCUGUCCGGCAGCGCGGCCUACAGCUAUCUCCUCAAGGAGUACAAGACCGCCAACGACCUGUUGACCGAGGAUAUCUAUGUACGUAACGAAGGAGAUGAGGCAACUGAUAAGGGACAACCUCAUCUAAUUGUCCUCAUAUUUCAAUCGCUUGUCCAGGUGCUAACAUUAUUCGGCCAGACUCUCCAAGCCUCCGUCACCCGUCUGAGCAACUACGUCCAGGCUCUCGAGACCAGGACACAGGGCAAGAAAUAAACGGAAAACACGGGACAAAGAGGCAUAAUUGUUUAAAAUAGUCGGAACUGGGAGGCAGAAUGAGCUCCUUCGGCUCUCUGCUGGACGUGUUGAAAUGAGGAUGGCUCCCAUUGCAUUUCCUAUCAGUAUUUGGGUAUGAAAUUGUCAUGGCAGGCGAUUGAGGAGAUUUGUACGAUCAUGUGCUACGUUGCGAGCAUUACUGCAAGCCCAAUUCAUAAGAUAUCAUGCGGUCUGUGUAAGAGAAACAUUGAAGUCUCGGUGAAGCUGAGACAGAUAUCAAUAUAGU